AUUGCGUCAAGCUUUGCAGUUAUUAUUUCACACUAGUUAGUUCUGUGUCAUGACUUUAGCUCCGAGUUGCGUUUUAAAACUCCAAAAUGCGGCGCUACAUUCGUGCACUAAUGCUGUGCACAGUGUUUGCCGUGUUUUCGGGUGUGUAUGUUUACAGUAAACUGUUUUACUCGGACUUCUCGCUCGGUGGAAACGGUCCGAGAGGUUUCAUCCCACAGAGAGUCCCCGGAAUCAGGCGAGGAGCCGUGGACAAAACCGGGCCCCAAAGCCCACACUGGUACAAUAGGUACAUCAUGCGUCAGCGGGGUCAGGUGGAGGCAGGGGGGGUCAGCGUCCAGCCUGAAGCCCCCAUGCACCUGGCUGUGGUGGCCUGUGGGGAGAGGCUGGAGGAGACCCUCACCAUGAUCAAGUCCGCUGUGCUCUUCAGCAUCAAACACCUCCAGCUGCACAUCUUCGCUGAGGAUCAGCUGCACACCAGUUUCAUGGAAGCUCUGCAGUCGUGGCCAGGUUUCAUUCGCUCCAGGUUCAACUACACAGUGUACUCCAUCAGCUUCCCCAGUGAGAACGCAGCCGAGUGGAAGAAGCUCUUCAAACCCUGCGCUUCCCAGAGGCUCUUCUUACCUCUGAUCCUAAAGGACAUAGACUCCGUGGUGUACGUGGACUCGGACAUCCUCUUCCUGCAGCCCGUGGACCGCCUUUGGGCCUUCCUGACCCGCUUUAACUCCUCCCAGCUGGCUGCCAUGGCCCCUGAGCACGAGGAGCCCCGCAUCGCCUGGUACAACCGCUUCGCCCGCCACCCCUACUACGGCAAGACGGGCAUCAACUCAGGGGUCAUGCUCAUGAACAUGACCAGGAUGAGGAGCAUGUUCUUCAAGAAUGACAUGACGUCUGUGGGGCUGCGCUGGGAGGAGCUGCUGAUGCCUCUACUUCAGAAAUACAAACUCAACAUUACCUGGGGGGACCAAGACCUUCUCAAUAUCAUUUUCCACCACAACCCUGAGUGUUUGCUGGAGUUUCCCUGCAUGUGGAAUUACCGCCCAGAUCACUGCAUCUAUGGCAGUAACUGUGCGUCAGCUGAGGAGGAUGGUAUCAACAUACUGCACGGAAACAGAGGGGUGUACCACGACCACAAGCAACCUGCCUUCAGGGCCGUUUACGAAGCCAUACGAAAGUACCCUUUCGGCGCCGACCCAGUGACUUCUUUGUUGGAUCCGUUGGAAGAGCAGCUGUUGACGACGACACACACUUACUGCGGUAAAUCCCACCCGCUCCUCACCAAGAGACUGGCACACAGCCUGGCCAACAUCAACAGGAAGUCCUCCGCUGGACGGUGACAGCUCAAUCACAAGGGUGGGAUAAAAGAAGAAACGUUGCCUAUGGACGUACAAACUUGUCCUUGAUCAAGAAACCGGACGCUCAACCCUGCUUUGUAUCGUUUUUGGACUGAUGUACGAACAAUGCAACAACCACUACAGCUCUGUACCUGGCUAAAUGUUCAAUAAGGGCCCGUGUCCACACCUUUUUCUGAGCACUCCCAACUUUUUAAUAUUUCUUAUGGCAAAGAUCUCUCCACAAGUAUCUUCGCUGUUAUAAGACGGACAAUAACUGCUACUAUCUAUUUGAGCACCAACCAGUAGAUUCCUGCUCUCACACUUUGUCUGAAUGAGCUUCACCGCUCAGUCUGACGGACAUUUAACGAGGGAAGAGGACAAUAAAAGUCUCAUCGACAGCAACAGGCAGGGUCCACCUGACCGAUCUGCUCCAGCAACUGGCAUUUUGCUACUUGUUGUGAUAGUUUCCAUCUGACAGAGACAUCCAACAUCAAGCUUUUCCUCCAAAUUCUACGGUGACAUUCCGGCAUAGUGUGAAAAGUUGAAAAAUGUUCAACUUGCUUGUAAAAAAAAUGUGGACAAGGGGGCAUAACAAUGAACCUGAGUUGUUCAAAGAUACGUGGACUACAUCGUGGACACCUUUGAGUGGAGCUUAUUUUGUGAUCAGCUGCUCCAUGUUGGGAUUGUCUCAAAGUGAGACUUAUACUACUCGCCUCGUUGUAAAUUGCUCUGGAUUAGAGCGUGUUGCAAAGUCCACAUAUUUACUACUGAUGGACACGUGGAUUUUUUUCCUCCAGGUGUUUUUAUUGCAUUUCUUUGGAUUUUUUUUAAAAAACCAGUAAGCAUGUAGUCUCUUCUCUGUAACUCCUCUCAGUGCCUUUGGUUGCUGGUGGAUAAUCUUGCAAAUAGAU